AUGGCGAGCAAAGAAUUUUCAGCAUUAGAAGAAAAAGACAUUCAACCGGGUGAUUAUGUUUCUACACCGUUUCGUGGAGGAACGCGUCAAGGUUAUACCAAAAAAAUCGUUAAGACUAAUGAAGAAGCAAAAGAAAAUCCAAUUGUCAAAAGACCACCAAAGGUUAUUUUCGAUGAUCAACAUGGACAUGAGGUGGCACAUAAUCCAAGCACACUGUCUAAAGAUGAAUCAAAGGGCAAAAGAGAUGAAUAA